UGUCGCGGGGAGACUGCGCGCGCGCCACUCGCAGACUUGACAAGCGCGACAUAAUCUUUGCCCGAAUUACGCGCGAAAUAAUGACAGUAUCAUCUGUUUCUUAACGUCAAAAACUCUAAAAACUUUGAAAUAAAUUUUUAUGCGAGGACAGUGUAAAGAAAUUUAAUAAUGAAGCGAAAAUGUUUAUGAAGCCGGAUGUUUUAAGAUGUGUUGUGAUAUUAUUGAUUGUGUGUUUUGUUUGUAAUGAGGGAAACAAUUCAGGGAGGAAAAUUCGAUACGAUUCAUUUAAAAACAAUUCAAGUCAAAUAUUUGAUAAUCGUACUAGUAAGGAACGUACUGGAAGGGGAUUUUUUUCACAUGGUGGUCUCUUCUCCCUGGGCAAGGUGCUGAACUUCUUCCCAGUGGGAGGAGAGCGGGAGUGUCGGCCGGAAGGGCAGACCCUUGCCCGCGCGGGCAUCUGCCUCAACCCUUACGACUGUCGGCAACGUGACGGCAAAGCGGCUGGCGACUGUGCGCACGGACUUGGCGUCUGCUGUGUCUUCGAGGUGACCUGCGGGGGCGUGGUGCAGAACAACCUGACGUACUUCAUGUCGCCGGGCUUCCCGGAUCUGUGGCACGGGGAUCAGGACUGUGACGUCACCGUAGAGAAAACACACGCCGGCAUCAUGCAGCUGCGGAUUGACUUCGUACAUUUUACUAUAGGCCAACCAAAUAGAACAACAGGAGAAUGUGAUGAAGACGCGUUGAUAAUCGGCGAAGGAGCUGCCAAUUUCACCGUAUGUGGACAAAACCAUGGACAGCAUCGUCUCUGGAUGCUGCGGCUGGCGCAGAUGCCGCUGGCACACGCCGCUCCGCAUGGCUGUCUCCAGCACUACACUGACAACAAUGGUACAAUAAAGACGUUCAAUUACGCAGUGAACGGGCGACACCUCGCCUCACAUGACUAUAAAGCGUGUAUCAGGAGGAACACCGGCUUCUGCGCCGUCCGCUACCGGCCCUGCGACCCGCGCUCCUUCAGGAUAGGAUCCUCCUCUCACUCUCCUGCUGUUGCUACUGACAGUCCGCAGAUGGGUGAGCUGAUGCCGGCCAGCGAGCAGACAGAAGAUGACAUCGAGGGCUCCGGCGCUGAGCCGGCUGCUGCAGCGACCACCCCUGCGCCCUCCCUCGCUUCCAGGAUCUGGAGGUUUAUGUGGCCGUCUUGGCUGUGGGGUCAGAGGCGGUCUGCGUGCAUUUUAAAUUCCUCAUUCUCGUCGCCGGGAGUGUGCGACCCGCAUCAUUGCGGCAGCUCCUUCUGCGCGGGGCAGGCAGACUGCCACGUCGACACCUCCAUCAGCCCCUUCGCAGUGUCCGUGCACCUCGGCCCGCCCGCGCACAAAACUGACCCUGACGAGAACAUCGGCAUGUGUCUGAGAUACUCACAGCUGCCUUGUAACACAUAACCAACACGUUCACUGCUGUCAGUAAAAUCGUAAUUCUUCAUCUGGGGCGGCGGCGGGCCAAAAUGCGCCCCCAAUCAUAUUCCUGCUAGAGCGUGGCAGGUCUUUUUAGACCCACCAGCACUAGGAUAGAUUAAAUUGCUAUGUUAUUGUGGAAACAUAAUUGUAUUUUAUGUAUGUAAUGUAUAUCUAAGAAAAUCGUUUCGAACUAGCGAGAGGAAUAUAGUUUUCGCCCGCACCAGCUUCAGUAUCGCGUCAGGCCGAUUUCGGCCUGUUACGCAGUGAACGUGUUAGAGAUAAAGAUAGCUUUAUUUUUUCCUAACAGAGUUUACAUAUAUUUUUAAAUUACACGUAAGAAAUUAUAAGAUUAAGGUCCUGUCCUACCACUGGCUGAUAGAGGCUCAGAUAUCUUAAAAUACGUCAUUGUCAUAUAAGGUAACAAAAUCUGAUAUUUUACACGUUGGAUUGUUAUCAGACAAUUUACAAUUUGGUGGGACAGGCC